GGACCUGCUCGAGCACUGCACCGUCGUUUCAUGAGAAAGAGGGGGCUGGUCCGAGAGUUUCCUGAUCCUCUCUGUCUAGCCUCGGUCUGACCGGACAGGCGAAAACCACUUCGAGAUUUCAAGAACAAAAGCAACAACGUAUAAUACAGACCAGCUGAAGUGGCGUAUCCACAUACAACCUUGAGAGAAAUUCAAGCGUCUGUGGCAAUAGAGGUGUGACAUCUCUGAUGGCGACACACACUGACCAUGACUUGAAAGUUAUCUCUCCGAGAGGGGUGGCAGCAAAAAGACAAGACGGAAACCUCACCAGUCCACGGCUGCAAAAAUCACCACACCACAAUUCUGACGGAAAGGAACAUGCAAGCCCCUCUAAUCGCAGACCAAGAGAAAGCAAUGGCAGCGCUGCAGUAAGCUUCAGCACUAAUAAUAACUCUGUAGUAUGUCUUCCUUUGGUAUCUGAAGGACUGAAGCUAGUGUGGACCCAGUCCGAUCAAACACGUGAGUUGGAUAGUGUCCCUGAACUUGUUCAGGCCUUCAACACCUUCCCCUAUCCAACAUCACAAGAGGUCAGCACUCUUGCCCGUGUCUGUGCUCUUCCCCUAGAUAAAGUUAAAGUGUGGUUCAUGGUGCAACGCAUCAAGUAUGGAAUCAGCUGGGCAUCGGAGGACAUUGAAGAGACACGGCUUAAGCUGGCUAGGCCUGGGGAAACAAGUGAGAAACUCAAAGAGAGCCCUAUGAAGAGGAAAAAGGGAAUUGAGGAUUUUAAAGAAACCGAAGACCAUGUAGAAGAUCUAGCGCAAAGUCCACAAGUGCCUCGCAAAAAACAUAAAAUUGAAAGCACAGAACCAGCAAAGCUCUCUCCUGCUCCCUCACGUUUCCGUUCAUCUCUCCCUCCUCCUCAGGAUUCAUACUACUACCGACAACCAGUAGAAAUGCCCGAAACCCCUCAAGCAGCUACCCCACCUACUUCUACAGAAUCUCCUGCUGGAUCUGAGCAACCACGGCAUGGCCGCUACAAAAAGUCCAAAGCCCAGUUAGCUGCAUUGCGGAAGAGUUUCCUACAGGAGAACUGGCCUGAUGAGACAGAGUUACAGCGUUUACAAGAGGAGACGGGCCUAACUCGUAAUGAGAUUCGAAAAUGGUUCAGUGACAGUCGCUACCAGCUGCGAAAUGGUAGGGGAUUGACAACGUCCUUCUCUGCUUCUCAAGGAGAAAAAAAUGAACCCAACUGUAGUCUAUUACUUCAGUCUCAGGAGGUUCAGCCUCUUCCCCUCACCACUAAAAAGCAAAGUACAAAGCAUGCUGACAACGAAGGCAAAGAACAGACCAGGCAAAGAACAGGAUCGCGAAAGAAUCGGCAGAGGCGCUCUCAGUUUUUCCAGCUUUUCCUGUCUAACACUCUUGAGGCAUUUGAAGAUGGAGCAUUAGGAGAAGAUGAGGAGAAAUGUUCAGAGGAAAGUGAGAUUCAGAACAAUGAUGAAGUUAAAAGUGAACAGGAAAGUGAGGGACAUUGUGUGACACCUCCGGAGCCGGCUGCACCCACUGCCUCUUCUUCUCCAUCCAUCACCCCAUCUAAAAAACACUCAGCCAGGUCAUCGAAGUCAGCACGCACUGUCAAAGCAAACACUUCCAUAAACAACUCCCUAAACCCCUUGGACAACUCUUCACUUUCUUCAGUAUUAACAGCGGCUGGACGACCAAGAAAAACAAAGGAGCAACUGGCCAUCCUAAAGGAAUACUUCCAUAAAUGCCCAUGGCCAAAGAGUGACUUGUACACAGAGCUAGUGGAAAUAACAUCUUUGCCUCGUGCUGACAUUAUCCAGUGGUUUGGGGACACGCGUUAUGCUGUAAAAAAUGGCAAUGUACGCUGGGUGCAUGCUGACGUACGUGGACAAGUGCUUGCCGAGAUAGCAUUGUUACAAAGUGGAGGGGCUGCUGCCGAUGCCAGUGGAACCCCAGGAAGUGAAGGCAACAGGAAACGUAAGUCACAAGGGAACAGCACAACAAAAACACAGAAGUCUGCAACGGAUUCUGUAGACAUCAGUCCGUUAGAGAUGUAUUAUCAACAGACGGGACCACUACAAGAGAAGGACCUUGACCAUCUCUGCCGAAAGUCAAAAAUGAGUUACCAACAGGUGCGAGACUGGUUUGCGUCUAAAGACAGUACAAAACUGGACCCAGAGCUCACAGUUAUUGAUUAAUGUACAGAAAACCAUUUGUGAUCAUGUCUGUUAAUCUGCUGUGAGUCCUGUAAUUAGGCAAGACCUGUUUGAAGGCACAGUAUAUAAUCACUUCAUGCAAUGCCCUCUUUUCCACUGUUAAAAAAUAGCAAAAGUAUUUUCUUCAACAGUCUCAACAUCGUUUGUUACCUUUUUUGACAUGCAGUAUUGAACAUGCUAAACUGUAAUGUAUUUUUGGUCUUUAUUGACUAUUUGACUACUUUCACUGCGAAGUAUUACCCUUAUUAUGCUAUUAUUUUUUAGUAAUCUUUUAGAGCCUGAAUUGCUGCUUCUUAGAACUGACAUCAUGCUCAAACUGUUUAUUUCCAGAAACUUUGGUUUGGUUAUCUAUUAAGUACUGUAGUUUAGAUGUUUGGGCCAGAAUUGUUAGCAAUGUUGAGAGUACUUUUUGUUUAAUUCAGAGAUCCAUAUGGCACUGUAUAUUGAUUCCCUCUUAAACCUUAGGUUUACAAUAUAUUUUUCCAUUUCAAAUCAGCUAACAUUCCGCACUUAGGUUUUAUGGAUCCAUUUCUCUAAUCUCUCUACUUCAUUGUGAAUAAACUUUUCUUUUGAAUACAUCCCUACUUCACUGCAGAUUUGUUCAGUGUCCAAUGAAAAGACAACAAAAGCCAUGGCUUUUGUAAAAUCUUGUGCCUUAUUGACUGUAAAUUUGUGUUUCAGGGUGGCAAAAUAAAACAUGACCAAUUAUGUUUAACUCA